AUGUCCGAGGAUCUUGAAACCAACCGGGCGAGCCCAGAAAAAGAUAUUACCCAUGACGCUGUCAAAGUCAAGUUCGAAGACGACGACCCAAAAAAUCCCAAGAACUACAGCUCUUCUCACAAGGCAUUUCUCGUCGUCCAGAUGGCUAUGCUGGCCUUGGCCGGAUCACUUGGUUCAUCAAUUAUCUCACCAGCCGCAACCAGCAUUGCAGAAUAUACCCAUACAACUUCCGAGGUCACGCCCUUGACGGUCGCUCUUUUUGUUCUAGGGUGGGCAUUUGGCCCCAUGAUUUGGGCUCCGAUCAGCGAAGUCUACGGUCGCCGGAUGGGCAUGUUGCCAGCAGUGUUCAUUCUCGGAUUAUUUAGUAUCGGAACCGCAACUAGUCGCAGCGCAACAGCUAUUUUCCUCACUCGUUUCUUUGGUGGUAUAUUUGCUUCUGCGCCUAUCAGCAAUGUUCCUGCGGCUCUGGGAGACAUCUUUGAACCGGCGACUCGUGGGAAUGCGAUGACAAUUGUUGCCUUUUGCAUUACCGGGGGGGCCAACAUUAGGUCCUGUCAUUGGCUCUGCUUUAACGGGACUGAAUAUAUCGAGGGGACUUUAGUAUUUAUUUUAUUUUUAAUAUGUGCUUUUUGUCUGCCUGAGACAUAUGCGCCUGUUCUGCUGAAAGAGAAAGCUCAAGAUCUGCGCCGGAGCACCGGAGAUCAACGAUACUGGCAUCCCCACGAAAAGGAGAAGAUUGAAAUCAGUACCGUUGUGACAAAACACCUUGCCCGUCCUUUGAAAAUGUUGUUCACAGAACCAAUGGUAGCGUGCCUUGCACUGUACGCAUCAUUCACUUACAGUUUGAUUUACCUGGUACUCGAAGUGUUUCCGAUUGUUUUUAAUGAGAACCGAAAAUGGAGCCUCAUCGUGUCGACCCUUCCCUUCCUAUCGAUCUUAGUCGGCGUCGGAUGUGCCGUAUUCAUCAACUUUGCCAACCAACCGCGCUACAAGCGGGCCGCUAAAGCCAACUGUGGCAAAGCAGUUCCCGAGGCGCGUCUGCCUCCAAUAAUUGUCGGGGCGAUUUUGCUCUCAGUCGGUCUGUUUUGGUUUGGAUGGACAGCGGCUCCGAAGUACCCAUGGCCACUACCCGUCAUCGCAGCAGGCACAGGAUUUAUCGGAGCAGGGUUUAAUAUCGCGUUUCAGCAAUGUCUAAAUUUUCUCGUCGACACCUAUGGUCCCUACGCUGCGAGUGCAGUGUCUGCCAAUACAAUUCUCCGAUCGGUCCUCGCUUGCGCAAUGCCAAUGGCUGCCCGACCAAUGUUUGUAAACCUGGGAAUUGGGCCUGCAGCAAGCCUGCUUGGCGGGAUUUCUUGCGUCGCGUUACCUGUACCGUUGCUAUUUAUGCGAUACGGGGCUGCGUUGAGAGAAAAGUCGAAAUUUGUUGACAGGGAAUAG